CCUAGUAGUGCCGGGGUAAAUUACCUGUUAUUCGAAGACCGAGCAAUAUGCAUAUAAGAGCUUACAUGCGCCAAGCAGAACGGAAUACUACUACAUAGCCCUGGACAUGACCAGUACUGGAACACGACUUAUUAUGAGCUUACCAAUCAGCUAAUCCAUAACAGGCAUCUGAGUGAUGUCUUCAAUCUUAGAUUCUAUCGUACAACAUCAUACAACACUCUCAUUUUAUUUAUAUAUUUUAUAUAUAUAUAUUACUUCAGUCUUGCUUUUGUUCCUAGGUAUUUACCUAAUUUUCCCUAUUAUAUUAGACUUAAAUAUAGAGGAAGCAUAAACGAGAGAUUAUCGUGUUAGCACUUCGGUAUCGUGGAUGUUGUGGGUCCGAGAGCCCUGGUAUUCUUGAAGUCAUCAUGACCCCCCAACCCGAGUCUUCCAGCGGCUCUCCCUCCAAAGCUAGUCCGGGAGAGCCUGUCGGUUCUAAGGAUUGGCCCUCAGUAGAUGAUUCUGUCACGGAGGAGACACCGCUCCUGCGCUCCGAGUCGAGUUCUCCGGCCGCGGGCAGUGUAUCAUCUGCCACCUCUGAACUCUCGCAAGAUGAAGACUCUCCUGACUUAGACACCCCGAACCAGAGGGUUAGUCGGGCACGAGGCCUAGCUAUCGUACUUAGUGUCUACCUUCUGAUAUUCUUACAAGCAACCAACAUGUCGGGUAUUACCAUGGCGCAGUCAACGAUAGCAGCCGACCUAGACUCAUACGAGAAUGCAAUGUGGUUCACGACAGCGUUCCUCGUAGCGAUGUCCUCGUCGACGCCCCUGGUCGGGAAGUUGGCCUCUAUCUUUUCGCCUCGUACCAUGGUAUUAUAUUCGUCCACGCUCUUCGCUGCUGGAUGCUUCAUAACGUCACAGGCUCGCUCAUUCCCGGUCUUUAUCCUGGGGCGCCUCGUCACGGGAUUAGGUGCCGGCAGCUCCACGGCCUUGGCCAUCGUCCUCAUUCUCGAGCUAACAACGAAACGAAAGCGAGGGCUGUUCGUUGGACUGCUGAAUGCCGGCUUCACUACGGGCGUCUCAUUAGGGGCUGUCUUAUCCGGUGCGCUGAUAUCUGUAACUGGCUGGAGAGUUCUCUUUUGGGUCCAAGUCCCUCCUAGCUUAAUCGCCGGGCUCGGAAUUUACUUCAGUAUCCCGCAUACGUUCUCGUCGGGGCAAGGCUCUAAAGACGGUUCGCUAUCCACAAAGCUGAAGCGGAUCGAUUAUCCAGGCGCUCUGUUCUUGACCGCCACUGUUGUGCUUUUCCUAUAUGGGCUGUCUGGUACUAUCCAGGCCGUUCCGCUUAUCAUCUCGUUAGCGACACUUAUCAUCUUCGUGUUGAUUGAGUACUAUGUUGCGGUUGACCCUAUUAUUCCGAUUACCGUCAUUCAGAACCGAGGGGCCAUGUUAACAUGUGUUUCCCAACUUGGUUUCAUGGCAGCUCGCUGGACGGUGUUGUUCUAUGCUCCGAUCACAGCACUCGCGGUGCGCGGCUUCACCCCAGCGACCAGUGGUAGUAUUCUUAUACCCACGAACUUAGGAUUCGGCCUUGGUGGACUUCUUGUUGGUUGGCUACAUGUUCGCCGCAUUGGGAGCUUCUGGGCUUCUUGCGUCGUAUCUUUCAUCCUCUUCGCUGCAAGCCUCUUUGCGCUCUCGCUGGCAUCCACUCCAGAUAUCCCGAUUUCCCUAUACAUCAUUACCGUCUUCCUAAACGGUCUCUUCGCCGGUGCAGCGCUAAAUUAUACACUCGCGCAUCUACUACAUCUAACUUUACCGGAUACUCACUAUAUAGCUACCAGCCUGCUCGGCACAUUUAGAGGAUUUGCGGGCAGCUUCGGCAGCGCGAUCGGUGGCGGCAUCUUCUCCAGGACACUACGAGCAUCUCUGGAACAGGGAUUCAAGUCAAUCGAUGGCCCUAACGGCCCCGAGAACCGCAGUGAGCUAAUUAGGAAGCUUAUCGGCAGUCCGGCUUUAGUCUUCAAUGGCGGCCUUGGAGCCGAAGAGCAGGCAAUCGCAGUACAAGGUUACGUUGACGGGCUAAAAGUUCUAUUCCAGGCUGCCGUGGUUCUGUCCAUAAUCGUCUCGGUUGUCCAAGCUGCUACGGGGUGGAAGGGUCCAGGGGAUAAGCCGAAGUACCGGGAGAGCGGGAGCAGCAAUGCUCUACGUGAUGAGGUGAGUGAAGAUGGACAGUAGUUCAGUUGAUAGAUUAGACUUCCGUUAGUUAACUCCUAAAUGAUAAUAAAAUAUUCUUGUCAAGAGCAAUAUCCGUGCUAUUUCAGACGAUAUACCAUGAUUAAAUAGGUGAAGUAAAAAACUCGGUUAUA